AAUAGUUCUCAACACUUCUCUUUGAUUGUUUUUAGUUUUUAACAUAAUUGUUUAUUGUUUUCCGCUAUAUUAGGCAUUUUAAGAGAAUAUAAUCAAAAAACCGCCAUUAAAUUUAAAUAUUAAAAUAAUUAAGAAGCUGUACAUGAUGAUAUCAUCUAAAGCUUUAACUAGGUGAAAAGAGGGGUGAUUUGAACAUUAGAUGUUAAACCGAAGUCUCGAAUAGCCAAUAAUUUAAACUGUUGAAGACAACUCAAUACAAACGACAAAGAUGUCAUCUUUGCGCCUUAGCCAACAGCAACGCGACCAUCUUAGCCUGCUCCGAAGACCCGCUGGCGAUGUAGUCGAGCUUUGCAAGUCCGCCUUCGAUUACCUGAUAAAUGGGCCAAACCCCGAUCGCUACGAGACUCUGGCCAAAAAGUACUCAGAUGCGGAAAGCCCGGCGGCAGUACAACAGGCUGUCGAAGGGCUAAUAUCCCUGCUAAUCAGUGCCACCACCCGGGUGAGCGGGAGCUCAGUCAACAUGCUGGCAAUCCUGCGGCAGACAUUCCCCGAUCUUGGCGAAGAUGUACUGGAGGUCCUCGAACAGUUUGUCACCAGCAAGCGAAACUUUGUGGAGGGCUCAAUCAAGUCAGCUAACAUUCGUGCCUACCGGCUGGUAAACCUGGACUGGCGACUAGAGGUGCGGACCGCAUCACGGAGCCUUCUCGACCAGUGCCAGGUGGUGGUGACUAUGAAACUAUACUUGCAUACUGAACCGAAGAACGAAAACCGUGAACUCCUAGCAGUUGACAUCUUGGGACGCAGCGAACAGGAACUGCAAGCCAUGCAGGAGGAUGAGCGAUUGCAUCGAAAGGAUAUGCUGGUACAGACUGAUGUCAGCAGUCUGGUGCACAUGAUCAAAACACUAGAGGACGCCCUAGCCGAGUCCAAGACGCGGCGCAUUCGCAACAUAGUCGAUGCCAUUCACUGAAAUGGCUCCAGAACUCAUGCACUUGUUAACGCUAAUUUUAUCAGGACCAAUUUAUUACAACUAAAGCUAACUAGA